UGGGUCAGAUCGGCUCUCUGUCACACUCCUUCCACUUUGAUCUACUACCAACCCUAAGGCAGAGGUGAGAAAUUGACUCUCCGGUGAAGCAGGUCUGCUCUCACUCCAGCUGUGUGGGAAGCUGUAUCUUCAGUCUAUUUUGUAUAGUGAAUUUAAUGAGGGUUCUUGCCUGAGCAUGGGUGGGUGGCUGUUUCCUGGAACACGAGCAACCAACUGGUGUCUACACCAAUGUGUGAGAAAGAUUCUGAAUGCAGGAAAGUUUAUAUGGUGAUGGGGAGAAAUCACACUGAACUCCGAUUCUGCUUGGUAUCAGCAAGGUGAAGACAAGGAAGCCCAAGCUGGACGAUCUCAGAGGGCUCAAGAUCACGGAUUUGCCAGGUUCUCACACAAAGAGCUGGAUUAGUCUGCAAGAAAAUUCCAAGUGCUAAAACAUCCAACAACACCAAUGCUAGUUGGCUCUUGUCACCAUGGCGAUGAUACUUCGUGCUAAGUAUUUUCAGCGCCUAGCAAUUCCUGGUCCUACGAGAGUCCUGUAUAAAGAUUACACAACAGCGAUCCCUCAGAACUUUUCCAACUAUGAGUCCAUGAAACGGGACUUCAAAAUAGAGAUUCCAGAGUAUUUCAAUUUUGCAAAAGACAUCCUGGACCAAUGGAGCAGUAUGGAGAAGGCUGGAAAGAGGCCUUCCAAUCCAGCUUUCUGGUGGAUAGAUGGAAAUGGAGAAGAAGUCAGAUGGGGAUUUGAAGAACUUGGAUUUUUAUCCAGGAAAUUUGCCAACAUACUCACAGAUGCCUGUUCCCUGCAAAGGGGAGAUAGAGUAAUGGUGAUUCUGCCCAAGAUCCCAGAGUGGUGGCUUGCAAACGUGGCCUGUAUGCGAACCGGGACAGUUUUAAUUCCAGGAACCACUCAGCUGACCCAGAAAGACAUCUUCUACAGACUACAAUCUUCAAAAGCAAAAUGCAUUAUUACUGAUGAUGUUUUGGCCCCAGCAGUAGACACUGUGGCAGCCAAGUGUGAAAAUCUCUGCUCCAAACUAAUCGUGUCUCAGCACUCCAGAGAAGGGUGGGGGAACCUCAGGGAGAUGAUGAAGUCUGCCAGUGACCGCCACACCUGUGUGAACACAAAGCACAACGAGAUGAUGACCAUUUACUUCACCAGCGGGACAACCGGACUUCCGAAGAUGAUUGAACACACUCACAGCAGUUUUGGUUUAGGAUUAUCUGUCAAUGGAAGGUUCUGGUUGGAUUUGACAGCCUCAGAUGUGAUGUGGAAUACUUCAGACACAGGCUGGGCAAAGUCUGCUUGGAGCAGCGUUUUUUCUCCGUGGACCCAAGGAGCAUGUGUGUUUGCACACUAUUUGCCCCGUUUUGACUCAACUUCCAUCUUGAAAACCCUCUCCGAGUUCCCCAUCACUGUCUUCUGCUCUGCACCAACUGCCUACCGAAUGCUUGUACAGAGUGACAUGACCAGAAGCUAUAAGUUCAACAGUUUGAAGCACUGUGUGAGUGCUGGGGAACCAAUUAACCCUGAAGUGAUGGAACAAUGGAGAAAGAAGACAGGCCUAGACAUCUACGAAGGCUAUGGACAGACAGAAACGGUGCUGAUCUGUGGAAAUUUCAAGGGGAUGAAAAUUAAGCCUGGCUCAAUGGGAAAGCCUUCUCCUGCUUUUAAUGUGAAGAUUUUAGAUGAAAAUGGCACUAUUCUUCCUCCUGGACAAGAAGGGGAUAUUGGUCUUCAAGUUCUUCCUGAUCGACCAUUUGGCCUUUUUACUCACUAUGUAGAUGAUCCUUCAAAAACAGCUUCAGCUCUACGAGGGAAUUUCUAUAUCACUGGAGACAGAGGCUAUAUGGAUGAAGAUGGGUAUUUCUGGUUUGUUGCAAGAUCAGAUGAUAUCAUAUUAUCUUCUGGUUACCGAAUUGGACCAUUUGAAGUAGAAAGUGCCCUGAUGGAGCAUCCUUCCAUUGCAGAGUCAGCUGUGGUCAGCAGCCCAGACCCCACCCGAGGAGAGGUAGUGAAGGCUUUUAUUGUUCUGAAUCCUGAUUACAAGUCCCACGAUCAAGAACAACUGAAAAAGGAGAUUCAGGAGCAUGUGAAAAAGACUACAGCGCCUUACAAAUACCCCAGAAAGGUAGAGUUUAUUGAUGAGCUGCCGAAGACUGUUAGUGGGAAGGUCAAAAGAAAUGAACUAAGAAAAAAAGAAUGGAAAACCAUUUAAACUCAUUGCACAAAUCACCUGCAAACAGUGUCCACAAGCCUGCAGAACCCAGCUGCAGGUUAUCUGGGGAGACUGCUUUUACGUUGGAUUAAAGUACUCUGCAGUUAUGACAUCAGAGCCUGAAUUCUGAAAUCAAACAGUGACUCCUGCAUUCACGUCAAUGUUCCUACAAUUUGGUAACAUAUAACGAAUGUGAUCAGUUGCUGAGGUGUUUUAAAAUCUAUUUUAGGAGUUCUAAACCAAAUCUCCGUCCCACUGGUUUUCAAAACUCAGCUGAACAAUUCUGUUAAUCAUAUAACAAAUCAUAACAAAUCUCCAAGCUUUGAAUAAAAACCUAAAUAAUUUGUUUUUAGAAAAUUGUCAUAAUUCUUAGAAUAUUUACCUAACAUUUGAGUAAGAAUUUUAUUAGUCAUAUUUUUAUUUAAAUAAUUUUAAAGGUUUGAAAUUUGUAUCAUGAUCUAACUAUAAAUGACAGCUCUCAUGUUCCAUAGCUACUUAUUAAAUUUAACCUAACAAAUAUGGUUUAUAAAAAUAUUUUCUUGGAGUUCUUUAUGAUAUUUUGAUAAAUUCAACAAAUGUUAAUAAAUAAAAUAUAAUUAUGUGAAAUUA